GGCUAGUGCAAGGGAGCGCCUGCCAAUGGAGGGGGCUCUCGGCCCUGGCUAGUUCUGCUGCGUGAUCGGGGAAAGACGCCGCAUACCGGAAGGCUGGGGUACGUCUUCUUGGCAGAAAACAAAAACACCACGGACUGCUAAAAAAACAAAAAGACAAAAAAAAAAAAAAAAACACGGGAACACUCACUGAAGAACAUGUAGCCGACAGCGGGGAGAGUCAAAUUCCCAAGCGGCGUCGUCUAGUUUAGCUCCUGUGCCAAAGCUGGACCUUAAUUGGGGAACAUUGAGACGCGUUGGCGCCGCGGAACCUUUGUUCGUUUUUUUUUCUUUUUUUUUUUUUUUUCUUCUCUUCUCCAUGGACACAGGGGGGCUUCUCCUGCGCUUCGUUGUGGUUCUUCCGAAGUGACAGCACCCGCGUCGGUUCUUCUCGAAUGUUAGACGAGGACCUAGCCAGAAAUGGACUCCUAGCAUCAACCCCCAACCCACCCGCUCUUUCGCUGGCUCCGUGGCGGCCACAGCAGUCAUGUUCGCCGUGCGCAUCGUCACCGCAGACUACUACCUGGCAAGUCCCAUUAAAGACCUGGACGUGUGCUACUCUGAGUUCAGGGAAAGCGACGUGAAGAAGGUGCCGGUGGUGAGGAUAUUUGGAGCAACGCCCGCAGGUCAGAAGACAUGUCUCCACCUUCACGGCGUGUUCCCAUACAUCUAUAUUCCAUAUGAUGGUUAUGGACAGCAACCAGAACUAUACCUGCGUCUGGUCGCCUUCAGCAUUGACAGAGCACUCAAUGUUGCCAUGGGGAACCCUGCCUCUGAUGUCCAGCACAUCUUCAAGGUGGUGCUUGUUUCUGGCAUGCCUUUCUAUGGCUACCACUGCAAGGAGAAACACUUUAUGAAGAUCUAUUUGUACAAUCCACAGAUGAUCAAAAGGGUUUGUGAGCUGUUGCAGAGCGGAGCAGUGAUGAACAAGAUUUACCAGCCCCAUGAGGGCCACAUCCCAUUCCUGCUGCAACUCUUCAUCGACUUCAACCUGUAUGGCAUGAACCUGCUUAACCUUGCGGCGGUCAAGUUCCGAGGGCCCAAAAACAAAGAGGAUGUGCCAGCAGCGCCACACAAUCAGACCCCCAGCAGUCAUUCUAGCACCAGUCCCUGGAAGACCCCCUGCACAUCCAAACUCAAUGACAGUACCCUUGGGGGCACCUUUCUCCGCUGGGAGGAAAACACCAUUCCGUGCUCCCUAGUUCUGGAUGAGGUGGAGAGGCAGAGCACCUGUGAGUUGGAGGUUGAUGGUGUUGCUGUAGAUGUCCUCAACCGUCUGGAGAUUGACAAUCAAAUUGGAAGGAACCCCGGCCUACAAGCAAUCUGGGAGGAUGAGAAACAGCGGAGAAGAGAAAAGAGCAAGGACUCUCAGAUUGAAACCCCAGAGUCGCAAGACCGUGCAUUUGUCACUACAACUGAGAGUGAGCAAAUUUUCAUGAAAAGAUUUGAGGAGAUUCUGAAGGACAAUGAGUUUGAUCUGACACCGGCUUCCCCUGUUGGUGAUGGAGAGGAUUUCAGUGAUCUCACCAUCCAUUCGUCUUUCCAUUUGACACCCGAAGAAGUGCACUAUACACCUGCUUCAGUUGUAGAGAUGCACAGGGACUCUGAGCCAGAAUUUGUGAGCAGUAGAGGUACAAACCCAGAGGAGGCUGUUGUUGAUGAGGAGGCCAUUUUAUGUCUGUUGGAGAACAGUCAGAGCUUCCUACAGCCCUCUCAGACGUCUACCCACUCACCUUUAUUAGACAGCAGCCAAGACCGUGCCAUGACUGAUUUGCUGGCAGGCUUGGCGGAUGACUGCAGGACUCCUGGUCUGCACAAUUCACAGUCCCAGUCCCUUCCAAGUACCCAUCCCUGCAACUACAACAGUGACGAUGAGGAGGCAAGUCCAGAGUUAGACAAGGAAGAGGCAAAGCUCAGUAUCACAAUGUCACAGCGAUGGGACAACGAGCCCCUUGAAAGCGUGUCUUUACCGAGCUUAAGCUGUAGUCCUGGUGUGUGCAGGUCUGGUGUCAAGGAGGCACAGGACAGCUUCAGUGAUGAGCAGCAGGAAUCCUCUGACGACGACAAGGAAUGGAGCGCAAAUAUUUCUUCAUUUGCUAACUUGUCCAUCCCACAGCUUGAUGGGGCAGCAGAUGAGAGCAGCGACUCAUCCUUAACGGACAGUGGCUCCAGAACCCAGUCUUCCCUUAUAGUCACAGAGAAGAUUAUAAUGAAAAGAAAUCAUUUCCCAGGAGAGACUAUCCACCUUGAACCCCCAUCCUCAGCUAAGAUCUUUCUGGAGUGUAAGCACCCAGAGACCCGUCCAGAUAAUGUGUUGAACACGGAGCAACCACUUGACAAACAUUUUCAGUCAAAAAGCAGUCAAGACAGCAGUAGUGAAUGUUCAACAGGCCUAAAGGUUAAUACAAAAAUUCCUUACAUCCCACCAGUCAAACACCCUGUUCCCUGCAAAACAAUCAGUCAACCGGAGGUAUCUGCCAUCUGUGUAGACAAGGAGGACAUUCACCCCCUGUACAACUAUGACAAGAAAGCAUCGUUAGCUUUGGAUAUGACCCAUCUUGAAACUUUCCAAUUUAGCAACAGUAAAGUCACAAAAAGAAGAGAGAGCAUGAAGAACGUAGAAACAGACCGUCUGUCCAUCCUUCAGAACCACAGGGCUUUCUCCCUCUGCUACUCAAAGCUGAGAAACUGCUCAACCAAUACAGACCUUGACCUGAGCCAGAUGGAUAGACAUAGCCCCCUCCUGAGGAAUAUUUCCUCAGCACCUCCAACUCUUGAAAGUGAGGUAUAUCUUAACCCUCAGGAGGGGGAGAUGAGUAAAGAUGGUGAAGAGGGAGAUGUUGGUGAGCUCAAAAUCAGGUAUGAAGACUAUCAGGAGAAUAAAACAGAAAAGACUAUUAUAGCGCAACAGGAAGCACACUACAAGUUUUUCCCAAGUGUAAUUCUCUCCAACUGCCUAAACCGGAAGAAAGCUGUUAGCAAAAAACCGCCCGAGUCUUGCACCAAACUAGAGCAAGCCCAUAAUCGCAGGUCUAGGCCAAAAGUAAAUAAGAAAAGAUUGUCAGGACCAAGCAACAAAUUAAACAUGGAUGAAAGCUGUACCUCUGACAGCCAGGUUAGCAUUGGUUGCACCUCUGUCACUCCUGAUCAUCCUGGGAUUGGAGACACAGAAAUGCUAGUUUGUGAGGACAAUUCAGUGAAGCCCGAGUCCAUCUUAGAUGAGCCAACCAUAGAAGGAGAGUCAGUCACAAAAGAUGAGACAGAAAUUGGAGAGAGAUAUGAAAAUGAACAGCCAGACAUACUUCCAGUACUUAGUGUCGUUGCUCCCAGUUUUUCAGAAGAAGCUAAAGAUGACUCAAAAGACAGUUUAAGCCUCUUGCAAGAUUUAGCGGCCAAAGUAACUUGUACAAAAGCCUCAUCCCUGCCUGGUAGUAAAUAUACUCUGAGGACCAAACGGAAGAUGCUUUAUGACAGUGAUGGAGAAUACUCAGGUGCCACACACUUUAAAAAUCCAGCAAUUGUAAAAGAGCAUCUCAAAGGUUGCAGUGGCCGCAGUGGGCAAGAGCUAAAAUACCAGAAGCGACAUAAGAAGGAACCCCCAAUCAUUAUCAAGUAUAUUAUUAUCAACAGGUUCAAAGGAGAGAAAAACAUGUUGGUGAAAAUGUGCAAAGUCAAUGCAGAGGAGCAGACGGUAACACUGACAAAAGACAAGUUGAAUCAGUACACUAAAAUAGCCCCCCUAAAGGAUUUCUGGCCAAAAGUGCCUGAGUCUCCUGCAGUAGAGUUUCCCAUCACUGAGUCAAAAGCAAAAAAACAAAACAAACGCAAGUCUAAAGUCAACUCUUCCAAUAAAAAAACAGUUGAUAGCAUCCCCAAUCUUCAAGUUGGACUGGGUGAAAGGGUCAAAAGAACUAAGGGCGAAAGGCGCCAAGGUUUACCCUCUUUACCGCCUCCCCGACCAUGUUACUGUGAGCUGGCAGAUGACAAUAACAUUGACUAUACUGAUGUUAUGUUUGAGUUAGGCUAUCUCUCUGAUAGAGCGCAGAGCCCAAGAGACUCAACACCCCCUCGCUGUUGGUCUCCAACAGACCCGCAUAUGGAUACGAGGACUUCAGAGCAACUACUAAACACGUUCAAUAAUCCAUGUCUUAGUUUUGUACAACAAAUGCCACGGUCUUCAACCGAAGGAGCUCAAAACAGGCGUAAAACUACCACAAAUAAGAAAUCAACAGAUGCUAAAAGGAAAAACAUGAAGAAUUCUGUAAUUCAGCCUCCAGGGGAAGUUCUCAAAAAACAAAAAUCAUUACAAAGCAGCAAAACCUCUCCAAGACAGAGGAAGAAAACGGUGGGGGUAGUCAAACGAAUAAACACCUCUGAAAACACGCCUAGACCUAGCCGGUCAUACAAAAAGAAGGCUGUGGACCCUAAAAAUCAUGAUUCAAUUAAAGACAUCUCACAAAUAGUUUUUCCAGAGGAUUAUUCGCCUCCGUCUGAAAAGCUGGUAAAUAUAAAUAACAAUCAAGACCAAACCACAUCUAAACCCACAGUCCAGUCAGUUGAACCAAAGUUUGAAGACAGUGAUAUUUCUAUCAUGGAGGCCAACCAAAACAUGUUGCCGCAUCUUCAGAUGAAGCAGCAAGGUUGUCAGACCACUGUUGUAAAGUUAGAAACUUCACUGGAUCAGUUCAAAAUUUCAACACCUCUGUCUCAGACACAUUCACUGGAAAAUACUAAAGACACCCUAUUAGCAAAGGCUUCCAGACAGCAUAGACUGGUUCCCAGUCGCUCUCAGACCCCAUGCAGCCUGUCUGUCCUUAAGAGACUUUACCAAAAGAGUCAGCAUGGUCAGACACAAGUGGGUGAUGCUGUCAACCAUUCAACUGCUGUAGCUCAGUCUGGAGCAUUGCUUGAUCCUGCAAAUAAACCAGGCAAAUCCAGGAAAUCCUCAACCACACUAAGGAAACCCAGGACUCCCAAAUCUACCAACCCCAAAGAUUCAAAACACGGGAUUAGAAAAAAGAAGCCAAACAACACUCAGCUGUAUUUGGCAGCAAAGUGGGAGACCAAUGUGUCAGAUGACUGCUUGCUCUUUCCAUCUGACCCAGACAUGGACAGUUGCAACUUAAUAGAAGACAGCUUAUCGCCAGAGCUUCCGCAUAACUAUUCCUUUGAUAUAAACGCCAUUGAUCAGACUGAAUUCUCCAGCCCAUAUAGUGGCACUCAGUUUGUCUUGACUGAUAAAAUUUUACCAGUUAAGUUCUUAAGUGAUGCCAGUCAAGAAGCUGUCUCUGCUCAGACAUUGCUCUUUGAGAGGAAACUGGAUAGGAUGUUAUGUUAUAGGGAGGAGCUGAAACAGGACUCUGACUGGCACAAGGUGAAGCCUGACAGCCCUGAGCAUCGAGCAUCGACAUCCAACCACCUCACAUUCAUUGACUCUGACAAAUUCCAGAACAGAGAUUGUGACUUACCUUCAGGCAUUGCCCAUACCCUCAGCCCCUUUCAAGACUUUCACUGUGAAGGAAAAGAGCUCCUUUUUUCAUCCUGUGAGCCUGUCCCACCAUUGCCUUUAAGCUCUGCUUGCUUUAUCAACCACGAGGGCUCUCCAACAGGCGAGCUGCUGGAGGGCAUUGAUGGAUUGACGUCCACCACACCGAGUAGCUCUCCUUGCUCAGUCAGCUCACUCUGUCAGGUGAGAGCAAACCAGAUGCUGCGUGGACCAGGAGGAGGAGCCCACAUUCUGAAGCCCCUCAUGUGCCCUCCAAGCAGGGAGGAGAUCCUCAGCACUCUUUUGGACCUGGAGAUAUCAGAGGCCAUCUUCCAGGAGCCCUUCUGCAGCGACCCCUCUGAUGCGCCAGGAAAAUCAAUGGAGGUUGGUGGUCGUAAGCUAGCAGUGGGCACCAGACUAGUCAAGGAGUUAAAGGACUUCAGUGGAGAACUGUCUUUAGAAGGCCUGCAUUUCUGGAAGACUGCCUUCUCAGCCAUGACACAUUAUGGCGCCACCCCUCCACCAUCUGUGCCAACCCAAGGGGCACAAACAAGUAAAGCUCAGACUGUGACUGACCCAUGCUCAAGCAGUGACAAGCAGGUAGUCGUCCUGCCCUGCAAAAGUGCACCAAGCCGGGAACGUGUGCAGCUGUGGUUGGAAGCCAGGAAGCAGUAUGAGACUUUACAAAAGGGGAUAAGAGACGCAGAGUUGCUAACGAAGGAGAGGGCGGUUGUGCACAAGGAGGGCAACCAUUACACCACGGAGUCAGCUGCUCCCAGCUGUUCUACUUCAAACUUCAACUUGUGUGGGAAACUCAUCAGAACUCCAAGGAGAAGGAAGCGUAACCUGUCACUAAUAUUGUCACCUACGAAGAAUCCAGACUAUCAGUGUGACACUACAGAAGUGAGUCCAAUAUCAGAUGGUUCUAUCCAGCCUGAAGAGGAUGAUGAAAGAGCAGAUGAUGAUAAAACCAGCUCUCCAGAUUCCUCAAUGCUGCCUUCAUGGCAGGUGCCCAACAGCGUCAUAGACAUUGACGGGAUCAACCAAAAAAGGCAAAGUGAAAGUUCUCCUGAAGCACUAUCACCUGGUCUCUCCUUGGAAAGAGUGGGUGGAAAUCGUAGCCCCCAUGUCUGUAACAAAGAAGAAAUGAUCAGUCCUCACCACCUUCAGAGCACACCCUUUUUAAAGAGGCAUCUGAGAAGCAAUGAAAAUCUAGAACCUGUGUGCAGCACCCCCAUAUCAAAAGAAGAACCUGUUGUUCAGAGAAUACAGCAUCAGAGGGGAAGCCAAGCAGAGCCCUUGAGAAGAGUGUUACUUAACACACAGAUAAAGAACCAUUUUGCUGCUUUGAAUGCUCCAAAGAGAGAGAAUUCCCAGAUAGACGGCCCCAGCAUAGCCAACUCCUAUGGCUUCAAAGUCAGCAUGCAAAACUUGCAGGAUGCCAAAGCUCUGCAUGAGGUCCAGCACCUCACACUGAUGGGAAUGGAGCUCCAUGCACGAACCCGACGCGACCUCGAAGCCGACCCGGAGUUUGACCCCAUAUGUGCCUUUUUCUACUGCCUGACUUCUGAUGCUCCCUUGCCAUAUGUAGACUGCUGCCAGUUGACAGGUGCCAUUGUGGUGCAUAAAAACCACGAAAGUUGUGAACAAGUAGGUCACAGAGAAACAGCGCCCCUGCUGGUCAGGUCAGGUGUUUCCGGGCUGCAGGUGAAGUACGCCACAGAUGAGAAGAUGCUGUUUCAAGAACUGGUCGCCAUCAUGAGAAAGUUUGACCCAGAUAUCCUGUUUGGGUAUGAGGUGCAGAUGCACUCAUGGGGCUACCUUCUCCAACGAGCUGCAGUUGUUGGAGUGGACCUCUGUCAACAACUAUCACGUGUGCCAGGUGACUCGAGAGACAACCGUUUUGCUGCAGAAAGGGAUGAGUAUGGAGCAGACACAAUGACUGAGAUCAACAUCAUUGGACGCAUUAUCCUCAACAUGUGGAGGGUGAUGAAAACCGAGGUGACACUGAACAACUACAGUUUUGAGAAUGUGGCCUUCCAUGUGCUUCACCAGCGAUUCCCCCUGUACAGCCCCCGCACAUUGUCUGACUGGUUUGAUCACAACACUGACCUCUACAGGAGAGAGAACCACGAGCUGCUGUGUAUUUGUGUUAGGUGGAAGAUGGUGGACCAUUUUGUGAGCCGAGUGCACGGCACUAUGCAGCUUCUACAGCAGCAUGACAUCAUCGGCAGAACCAGCGAGCUGGCCAGAUUGUUUGGGAUCCAGUUUUUCCACGUUCUCACUCGAGGGUCACAGUACCGUGUCGAGUCCAUGAUGUUGCGUUUGGCCAAGCCACUCAACUACAUCGCUGUAACGCCCAGCAUCCAGCAGCGAGCGCAGCAGAGGGCACCUCAGUGUCUCCCCCUAGUGAUGGAACCAGAGUCACGCUUUUACAGCAACUCAGUGGUCGUCCUGGACUUCCAGUCGCUCUAUCCCUCCAUUGUCAUCGCGUACAAUUACUGCUACUCCACUUGCCUCGGCCAUGUGGACGACCUGGGAACCACCGAUGAGUUUAAGUUUGGCUGCACGUCGCUGCGGGUUCCCCCGGAGCUCCUCUUCCGGCUCCGAAAUGAUGUCACUGUGUCACCCAACGGCAUCGCCUUUGUCAAGUCCUCAGUGCGGAAAGGUGUCCUUCCCAGCAUGCUUGAGGAAAUCCUCAACACGCGCAUUAUGGUGAAGCAAUCAAUGAAAACCUACAAGCAGGAAAAAGCGCUGAUGAAGCUGCUGGAUGCCCGUCAGCUCGGACUCAAGCUCAUCGCCAACGUCACCUUCGGCUACACCGCGGCCAACUACUCCGGACGCAUGCCCAGUGUGGAAGUUGGCGACAGCAUUGUCCACAAAGCCCGAGAAACCUUGGAGAGAGCGAUUAAACUCGUCAAUGACACAAAGAAAUGGGGAGCACGUGUUGUGUAUGGAGACACUGACAGCAUGUUCGUUUUGUUGAAAAGAGCCACCAAAGAGCAGGCCUUUAAGAUCGGUAAUGAAAUGGCAGAGGCAGUGACUGCAACCAACCCAAAGCCAGUCAAGCUCAAAUUUGAAAAGGUGUACCUGCCCUGCGUGCUACAGACAAAGAAGCGCUAUGUGGGCUACAUGUACGAGAGCCUCGACCAAAAGGAGCCAAUCUUCGAUGCCAAAGGGAUCGAAACAGUGCGGCGUGAUGGCUGCCCUGCUGUUUCCAAGAUUCUAGAGCGUUCUAUCAAGCUGCUCUUUGAGACGCGGGACAUCAGCCAGGUGAAGCAGUUUGUUCAGCGUCAGUGUGUGAAGGUUCUGGAUGGCCGGGCCAGCAUGCAGGACCUCACCUUCGCAAAGGAAUACAGAGGCAGUGCCUCGUACCGGCCUGGCGCCUGUGUCCCCGCUCUGGAGCUCACCAGGCGUACGAUGGCGUACGACCGUCGCCUGGAGCCUCGCGUGGGAGAGCGCGUGCCCUACGUGAUUGUAUACGGAAUGCCCGGUUUGCCCCUCAUCCGGCUGGUCCGUCGGCCCCUGGAAGUGCUGCAGGACGCCGGCCUCCGUCUCAACGCCACCUAUUACCUCACCAAGCAGAUCCUGCCUCCGCUGGGCCGCAUGUUCCAAUUGAUCGGCGUCGAUGUGCUUAGCUGGUACCAGGAGCUUCCCAGGAUCCAGAAGGCCUCCUGCUCCUCGGGUUUGGGCGGGGAGGACAUGGUGAGGAAGGGCACCAUUUCCCAGUAUUUCACCACGCUACACUGCCCCGUGUGCGACGAGCUCACCCAACUGGGCGUGUGCUCGCGGUGCCGCGCUUCGCCCCAGCGCGUGACCGUCACCCUCCACCAGGACAUGAGGCAACAGGAGAGAGAACAGGAGCAGCUUCUCAAGAUCUGCAAGAACUGCUGUGGCUGCGCCGAGCGCCAGCUGCCAUGCGUGUCUCUGGACUGUCCCGUUCUCCACAAGCUGAGCCGCGUGAGCCGGCAGCUCUCCAAGGCGCCGUACCUCCGACAGCUGCUCGACGACUUGUGAUGGUUCCGAUCGCCGCCGCCGGCUCAACGGUCGCUUCACCGGCAUCGUCUCAUCUCAGUGUUCAGUUUGAAAUGUUUCUCAACGGUGCUUCACCUGAACCCUGUUGGGUUGUCAUGUGUCUCGUUAACUAAUAAUAGUAUUUGUUAUACAAGUAUUGUCUGCUUUGAGCCUCCCUCAUAGGGCACGUGUAAGUCUUCAUGCUUGUUUUUGGAAUCACGGCCGUCUUCGGCUGCUGCUGCAGCCUGACCGAGGCUUCAAAAAGCGCUUUGAAUAAAAAGGCACCCGUUCGGUCGGUGAGACGUGUGUCCUGGAGGAGCUUCACAUCAUUGCACACUUCAUUGUUAACAUUAAUAGGACUUUUUUUUUUUUUUUUCAACUCAAGUAUAAUGUAAAUAAACCUUGUAUAAUCAGUACAUUCUCACUGUAUCAGCAUAAAACCAAUUACAUCUCCAGCUACGAAUGCUGUUUUUAUACAUUCUAUUGAGGGAUGUCAUUUUAACCUUGAUUGUAUUCAUGCCCAUUUGAGCUUCAUGCUCAUCUAGUGUGAAAUUUGACAUUUUUGUCUUUCUUUUUUUAACCCUGGGACUGUUGCAAUACUGUUUUUUGAUAAUUUGUCUCUUUGUGCAUUUCUAGUUUUGUGUAUUUCACACUGUGCUGUCAUCAAACCAUGUCAAGAGCUGAAUCUGUGGUUUGUAAACAUUUUUUAAAACUUUUCUUUUUUUCCUUUCAUGGAUAUUGCUGUGGGUUGAAAUUGAUAUAAUAAAAAGUCAAUGUAUUCAAA